CGCACAUUGACUGCGAAUCUCGUGCUUCAUUCUGUGCGCGCCACGUCUGCUGCUGCGAGUAACAUCCCCCCUCAAAUAGCCGAGACCCUUGAGAGCACGACCUCAUCCAACCAAGAUGACGCUGAACCCUAAUGAAGACACUGAGUUCAACGACGCCCUCCGCAAACAUGGCAUCCUCCCCGCCCUCCCCCCGAAGUCCCGCUCUCCGUCCCCCGUCCUGAAGACGAAAGAGGAAGAGUACGAGGAGAUGCUCGACGACGAGCUGCGCGAGCUCGCAGAGGAGGCGGAUGAGGAGACGGAACGCUACCUCGAGCGGUUGCGCAAGCAACGAGAGGCGGAGGCGAAGAAGGAGCGCCAGCUGGGGCGGUUUGGGAGGGUGUAUCCGAUCGGGAGGGACGACUAUACGAGGGAAGUGACGGAGGCAAGUAUGGAGAACGAGCCGGGGGAAGACGUGCAGGCGGAGGACGAGGAUCUGGACGAUGAUGAUCGCAAGGGGAACGAGGAUAAACCCAAGAAGGGGCUGGGUACGGGCGUGGUGUGCUUCCUGUACAAAGAUGGGAUCCCGCGGUCCGACCUCGUCAAGCGGCAUGUCGAAAUCCUCGCGGCGCGGCAUCCACGCACGAAGUUCGUAUCUAUUGUGGGCGACAAGUGCAUCCCGAACCUGCCGGAUGAGCGAAUACCGAUGUUCCUCGUCUAUCGCGCGGGAGAGCUUGUGAACCAGCUGGUGAGCUGGGGGAAGGAUAGGGAAAGGAGGAUAGAGGAGCUGGAAGCGCUGCUGAUCGUCGCGGGUGCUAUCAUACCUCCGAAGCGGUUACCCAAGGGGCACGACAGCGAUGCAGACUCUGAUUCGGAUGAGAGUGAGAGGGGGGAGAGGCGCAUGAAGUCCGCUGCUACGUCCACAAAUACCAGGACGCAGAAGAACAUACGGAGUACUGCAAGGGACGACGACGAUGAUUCGGACUUUGACCUGUGAUUAUCCUGCCGUACACCGUAUGUACUUGCAUCGAUCGCAUCGCUCCCUAUUGUCGCGCA